UCUGUGUGUUUCAGUUUACACAAACUGUUCAUCGCUGAAAUUGAUGAAUCGAGCAGAGUGUGACAGAUCUUUAAUCCGGAUCUGGUCACUGCCGCUGACCUGCCGCCUGUUGCAGAGACAAACAUCUUUUGGGGAAUUGAAAUCGCUGCUGUGGGUGGGGACAGGAAGCUGCGCCUCUGGUUUCAGUGUGUGAGAGCCUGUUCAAACCGCGGCUCCCUCUCUCACUCACAGCCCACGUCCCUAUUUAAACAGCGCUCACUGCGGCUCCGGACAAAGCCGGCCUGAGCUGCAGUCGCCGAUCUCAAAAGUGUCCAAGUCCGGCUCAGUGUUCAGGGCGAUGGGGGUGUUUCCUUAUCUCUGUCUCCUCCUGUCUUGUCUGGCAGGCGUGCGGUCCGCCGUCGUGCUGACACAGCCCGAGUCAGCGGUGGUAAAGCCCGGGCAGUCCCACAGACUGACCUGUGCGGUCAGUGGGUUCAGCCUCAGCAGCUACUGGAUGGCCUGGGUGAAACAGGUCUCCGGGAAAGGGCUGGAGUGGGUGGCGGCUAUAUCGAGUGGUGGUAGCAAGUACUACGCGCCUAGAGUCCAGAGCCGGUUCACUGUUUCCAAGGACAGCAGCAACUUUUAUCUGCAAAUGAACAACCUGAGACUGGACGACGUGGCCACCUAUUACUGUGCGAGAUGGAGCACGCACUGUGAUUAUCUUGGCUACUGGGGCGGAGGAACCUCGCUGACAGUGACUUCAGAGGUCAAGUCCGCACCAUCAGUCUACAUCACUCCUUCCUGCAACACAGAAUCUGACCAAAAGAUCAGCCUCCUCUGUCUGGUCAAGGACUAUCAGCCUGAGAGCAUCAGUCAGACAUGGUCCACUAACAGUGAGGUCAUCACCACUGGAACCAAGAAAUACCCGGCGGUGUUGGGGCAAAAUUCAAAGUACACGGUGAGCAGCUUGCUCGAAGUCUCUGCGGCAGACUGGAAGAAGAAUAAAGUCUACUCCUGCAAGGCAGGGUACAAGCCAAACGAGAUGGUGACAGCGGAGUUCCAGAUACCUCAACCUCCAAAGCUCAGUUCCCUUGUUCCAUCCCGGGAGGCAAUCCACAGUCAAGAAAAUGCUGUCCUGGGCUGUGUGAUAUCUGGGUUCGCUCCUGACAACGUUAAAGUAUCCUGGAAAAAAGCUGGAUCUGCCCAAGAAGGCAUCGUUCUCCCUUCCACUCCGAGAUCUGAUGGUGGAUUUGAAACAAUCUCUUACCUGACAGUGCCUGUGCAGGAUUGGACGAAGAAACAGAAAUAUACUUGUGAAGUGAAUCACACACCUUCCGGUUUCAGUGGUCAGGUCAACAUGACGUAUCAAGAGGAAUUGUCUGUCUUUAUUCAAAAUCCCGACAUUGAAGAGAUGUGGAUCGACAAGUCUGCUACCGUGAAGUGCACAGUUAUCUGUACAGAUCCUGAAGAUAUCCAUGUUUCUUGGCGCGUGGGCGGGAAGGAGAAAACUAAAGGAAUUCGCACCCACCCAGCGGAGAGGGACGGGUCCCGAUACAGAGUGCUCAGCGAACUCCAGAUCAGUGUGGAGGAGUGGUUCAGUGGGGUGGAGUACGAGUGCUCUACUCAGGAAUCUCCUUCAUCUUCCCGAGUGUCAGCACGCACCAAUAGUACCAAAGUCGAGAUAAAAAGUCCCAAGGUCAGUCUGCUGCCUCCACCUCAGGAAGAGACCAAGAAUAGGAAAACAGCCACACUGGAGUGUGUGGUCUCCGGAUUCUACCCGGACCAAAUAAAUGUCAUCUGGGAGAAAGGCAGCACUGUGAUCACCUCCAACACCAGCGCUACACCGACCGCUCUGGAGCAGGGGUGGACUUUCAGUGUCAGACACUUCCUGACCGUGAGUUUACAGGAGUGGAAGACAGAAUCAGUCUUCAGCUGCACAGUGAUUCAUCCCCCCUCCAACACCCGUAUCAAGAAGCAAGUGAAGAAUGUCCAAGAAUUGUCUGUCUUUAUUCAAAAUCCCGACAUUGAAGAGAUGUGGAUCCACAAGACCGCUACCGUCAAGUGCACAGUUAUCUGUACAGAUCCAGAAUAUAUCCACAUCUCUUGGCAUGUUGGCAGGAAGGAGAAAACUAAUGGAAUUGUCGAACAACCACCGCAGACAGACGGAGCUCGAUACAGAGUGCUCAGUGAACUCCAGAUCAGUGUGGAGGAGUGGUUCAGUGGGGUGGAGUACGAGUGCUCUGCUCAGGAAUCUCCUUCAUCUUCCCCAGUGUCAGCACGGACCAAUAGUACCAAAGUCGUGAUAAGAAGUCCCAAGGUCAGACUGCUGUCUGCACCUCAGGAAGAGACCAAGAAUUGGAAAACGGCCACACUGGAGUGUGUGGUCUCCGAAUUCUACCCGGACCAUAUAAAUGUCAUCUGGGAGAAAGGGAAUACCAUGAUCACCUCCAACACCAGCGCUACACCGACCGCUCUGGAGCAGGGGUGGACCUUUAGUGCCAGACACUUCCUGACCGUGAGUUUACAGGAGUGGAAAUCAGAAUCUGUCUUCAGCUGUACAGUGACUCAUCCCCCCUCCAACAGCAGUAUCAAGAAGCAAGUGAAGAACGUCCCAGAAUUGUCUGUCUUUAUUCAAAAUCCCCACAUUGAAGAGAUGUGGAUCCACAAGACUCCAACCGUGAAGUGCACAGUUAUCUGUACAGAUCCCGAAGAUAUCCACAUCUCUUGGCACGUGGGCGGGAAGGAGAAAACUAAAGGAAUUCACACCCACCCAGCGGAGAGGGACGGGUCCCGAUACAGAGUGCUCAGUGAACUCCAGAUCAGUGUGGAGGAGUGGUUCAGUGGGGUGGAGUACGAGUGCUCAGCUCAGGAAUCUCCUUCAUCUUCCCCAGUGUCAGCACGGACCAAUAGUACCAAAGUUGAGAUAAAAAGUCCCAAAGUCAGUCUGCUGCCUCCACCUCAGGAAGAGACAAAGAAUAGGAAAACGGCCACACUGGAGUGUGUGGUCUCUGGAUUCUACCCGGAUGAAAUAACUGUCACCUGGGAGAAAGACAGCACCGUGAUCACCUCCAACACCAGCGCUGCACCGACCGCUCUGGAGCAGGGGUGGACUUUCAGUGCCAGACACUUCCUGACCAUGAGUUUACAGGAGUGGAAGUCAGAAUCAGUCUUCAGCUGUACAGUGACUCAUCCCCCCUCCAACAGCAGUAUCAAGAAGCAAGUGAAGACUGUCCAAGAUGACUGUUCAGAUACCCGCCCCUCAGUCACUUUAAGUAAACCUCCCUUCGAAGAGAUCUGGACAAAGAGGACAGCGACCAUUCUGUGUGAGGUGGUUCACCGUGAUUUACAGGGAUUCAGUGUAACCUGGCAAGUGGACGGAAGGAAGAGGGAAGAUGGGGUGAGGACUCUGGGUCCAGACGGUAACGGAGGUGAAGACAUAAUCACCAGCAGACUGACAGUCCCUGCUGCAGAGUGGAACAGUGGGGCUGAGUACUCGUGUGUGAUUGAGGCCAAGAGUUUGCCAACACCGGUGAAGGAAUCAAUCAGGAAGAACACAGGUGGUGUUGUGACUCGUCCUCAUGUCUACCUCCUCCCCACUUCAUCGGAUGAGGUAGACACCGAUCAGACUGUGACCUUGAUGUGUCUGGUCACCAAGUUCUCUCCCGCAGACAUCUAUGUGGCCUGGAUGGCCAAUGACACCCUUCUGAAGACAGGGUUUGUGAACCAGCCGGUGACCAAGGACCCCAGAAAUGGCUGGAACACAAUGACCAGUCAGCUGAAGGUUUCUCCUGAGGAGUGGAAUAGCGGCACCACUUUCUCCUGUGUGGUGGGUCAUGAGUCGCUCACAAACAACCUGUUCCGAAGCAUCAAUAAAUCUCACAGCAAACCCACCCUGGUCAAUCUCUCACUUGUUCUGACUGAUAAUUUUAAAUCUUGUGUGUAAUACUGUGUGAUUCAAUCCAUGAAACUCUAGUUUUGUUAGUCUUACGAUUGUUAAUUAUCAGAGAGGAUUAUUUAACUGAUUAAAACAUGAUAAAAGCUGAGGCCUUUUAAAAUAAUUAAAAAUGAAAUUAAAGUCAAGAACCAAAUUAAACAACAAACAUGAUUCAGCACAAAUCUCUGAGUUUGUGUGUACAUUCUCAGACCUUCCUGUGCCACAUUUGAAUGGAUUUCAACCCUGUGUGGGACUGCACAAUGUAUUAAAUCUUUGUAUGUGUCAAUGUACCGAUCCCAGUUCAAUAAAUA